UAUUCAUUAAUCUUUUUUUAAUUCACGGGUUUAGUAUUAAUCUCUUAGACUCUUGGAUCCGGCGCUCCAUAUAAGCAGCCCGAAUUAGUCCUCGUAGUUCCCAAAAACCCAAUUCAAUUGGAAUAAUUUCAUCGUACCCUAAAAAAUUGAAUAAUUUCAUCGAAAUUGAUGGAUCCAAAAUGCUCAAAAUCAACGUCGUUGGCGCCGGGGUUUCGGUUUCACCCUACAGAUGAAGAGCUUGUAUGGUAUUAUCUUAAGCGUAAGGUUUCUGGAAAGCCUUUUCGUGUUGAUGCCAUUUCUGAAAUCGAUAUUUACAAAGUCGAACCCUCCGAUCUUCCAGGUCUUUCAAAGUUAAAAACCAGAGACCAAGAGUGGUACUUUUUUAGUGCCCUGGAUCGGAAAUAUGGCAAUGGAUCAAGGACUAACCGAGCAACAAAUGAGGGAUAUUGGAAAACAACCGGAAAGGAUAGACCAGUUUACCACAAGUGUCAGGUUGUUGGGAUGAAAAAGACUCUGGUCUAUCACAAAGGUCGAGCUCCACGUGGUGAGCGGAGUAAUUGGGUAAUGCAUGAAUACAAACUCAAUGAUGAUGUGCUGGAGAAUGUGGGUACUUCCCCGGAUGGUUUUGUUUUGUGUCGAGUGUUUCAGAAAAGUGGGACAGGACCAAAGAAUGGGGAGCAAUAUGGAGCACCAUUGGUGGAGGAAGAGUGGGAAGAUUCAGGAGAACCUGUGGUGCCUAGUGAGGUGUCUUUUGACGAUCCCUAUGUUGAUGAUGAUGCAUAUAUUGAAGAAAUUGAUUUCAAUCAGGUCUUGCAACUUCCAGAAAAUGUUCAUUCUUCUGUCAGCUUUAAUCAUGUUGAAGGCAACAACUACAUUGAAGAAUCCAAGGAUAUGUCUGGAGCUAAUCAUAAGUCUGUAGAAGAGUCUAACGGUACGUUUACCUUGGAAACUCUGGAUGGUCAGAAUUUCGAUGAUGUUGCGCAUCAUGAGAGUAUUCUAUGUGUUGUGAAGAAUGAGCAUAUGGCUCAACCAAAUGAUUUGAGCAACGAGGCUCCAGUUACGCUUGAUGAUUUGUUAUCUGAUUCAGUGAACGUUCCCUUUGAUGAUGAACUAUACCUUGAUUCUAGUGACCUUCAUCCUCGUGAUUUUGACGUGCUUGAAUCGAAUUGGGAUGAUUUGGAUUUUGAUAUUGGACCAUAUUUAAAUGAUGAUUGCCUUCCUGGACUUAUGGAUAAAGAUCUGGAUGAAGGUUUUUCUGAUCAUCAGAAUGUGAUAAAUGAAACCUGGGAAAUGCCUUUGGCAACUCAGCAACUACCUGGAAUUGAUGAUAAUGGUAGUGCAUCUUCCUCUCAUCAAACCAUGGAAAUCUCAAAGGAUAUUCAAUCACCUUGUAUGACUCGAGCAAACCAUUCGUUGAGCAAUAUUUCUGCUCCUUCUGCAUUUGCUUCAGAAAAGCCUUCCAAGGACAUGGCUACACAUUUGAGUGCCUUUAUGCCAUCCACCCCCGUUCAUGUGACUGCUGGUAUGGUCCGAAUCAGGGACAUGCCCAUCGGGGUCAGGGAAAGUGGACUGCAUUGGUCAUUUGAUAAGAAUGGUAUCAUCAGUGUUCGCCUUUCCUUUGACCUCCCUGAGACUCUCUACCCUCCAGGAUUGGAGUCUUUGACUGGUUUAUUACCCAAGACGUCUACAGCUACUUCUCGUAGAUGGUUAUGCUUUAUGCUUUUUCUGAUCUUUGUUUUUGGUUUAAGCAUCAAAAUUAGGACAUGCAUUUAUGCAAAGUGACUUCCCUUUCGUUUCGUAGAAUCAGAGGACAGGAGAAUUUGAUUCAGUAUAAAAUCCAGUUACGAAAUCACACUAUAAUUAAUGUACUCAACGUCUUGCUGUACGAAUUCUGAGAUUGCUGCUGGAUUAUUCUUCUCGAGUCUUUUCAA